AUGGACUUUUCGUCAAAAAAGAUCUGCUCUCGUCUGUGGCCCAAUCGCCGCGCGCCAGGGGACCUGUGCGACUUGAAACGCGCCGCCCUCAGGCAGCACGCGGGCGGCUUUCUGACGCUUCACGCCGCGCUUCUCUCUCUGCCAGCCCUUGUCUGUCUUUUCUUCUGCCAAGAUGCCGACGCAGUGCGGCUCGCGGGAAAUGCCCCUUCCGCUCAAGGGACGCCAGACCCAAGCCUGCUGGUUCUUCAUCCCCUUCAAGAGCUCGUGCCUUCUCUAGCGCUGCACGCUUUUCCUCCGUCCCUCCAUCACCUUCGUCUUUUUCGCGCACUCCCGCUUAAUGGAGAUGUCGACCGGGUAGCGAGAAGCCGAGGUACGGACGAGGCAAACGCGCCGCCGAGAGCCGCUGAAACGUUGACGGAGCAGGUCAGCGCGUCGCCGAGGCGAAACUCGAUGGUGCUUGCCGUUUUGCCUUCGCGACACCAUGAAGGACUCCCUAGGGAUCCGCCCGAGAUCUUACCGUCGGAUGUGUGUGGCGCUUCUGUCAUUUCUUCUCUCUUUGGCUCGUCGUCACGUGGUUUGUCCGCACCUGUCUCUGCCCUGUCCGGCACUCUCAUCGUAAGCGUGUCUUCUCCAGAGGCCAGGGCCGACACCGUGUCUCCCUCUUCAGUUCACACUCUGCCGUCCUCCUCUUUGGGCGUCUCUGCUCCCUCUCCUUCUCAAUCGUCUCCGUCGUACGUGCCUUCGUCAUCCCUCCUCGCCGCCGCCGCCUCCGCAGCGUCUUGCUGCGACGCAGUCGUCUUGCCGAUGCCCUAUUCUCACCUCAGUGCACCUAUUUCUCUUCUCGGCCAGAAAGAACCGCAACUGCUUCUUCUCUCGGCUGCGAUUGAGCAGCAACUCCACCUGUCUCGGGGCAUCGCCGUCGGGCGCACAAGUUCGUGCGCCACGCUGGCAAACGGCGCGACUGCGUCGCCUGUGGAGGUUGCGCCCGCCCACUUCUCGCGUGCAGCCGCCGCCCUCGCCUCUGGCGAACCGGCAAGGAGGCCGCGGAGCGAGGGCGGCGAUCGUCAAAGUGACGGAGGAAACGCUACACAAGGAAAUGGGGAGUCGUCUAACGAAGGUCGGUGUGUCUCAAGGACUUCGAAUUGCGACCAGUCAGAGGUAGAACGCGUCGUGACCAAGAGAAAGCCUCUCAUUAUUCUUGUGACCGACUACACCGAUGUUUCCGCAGGACAAAGUCAGGCGGAAACGCCGACGCUUCCAGUCAUCGCGCUCGGCCCGGGGAAUAUCAUCGAGGAUGUAUCUCUCGGGAGAGGGCCUGAAGAUGACAGCCUCAGCUGCUUUCAGGGCAAAACCUCGCGGCAGCGGUCGAAGCUGUCUGCAGAAGAGCGUCAGAGGGACGAUCGAUCUCGCGGUCAACGCAGAGCGACAGCCACCGCAGUCAGACUGCUCCUCGAAAGGCUCUGUCGCAACUUAGACCCUCCGGGCGCGUUAGCAGGGACAUCGCAGGACGACGAGAAAGGUGGAGAGACGGGCGAAAGAGGCGCAGGGGACUACGAAGAUAGGGGUCACCCGCCGUCUGAAAAUCGCAAAGGAGAACGAAAUCUGGAAGGAGAUUCAGGCUCCACCGCAAGCUUCGUCGAGAUUCCGCCGCGUGGUACGAUGGAGCGUAGCAGCAUCGAACGAAAUCAGAAAGAAGAUGCGGUAGACAGGAGAUCGGCGGUGAAAGAGAAUUCCGGCACGGGUCUUGAUUCCCUUUAUUCCGCCUACGUCGUCUUUGUGCCUCCGACUCCUGCUCAGAAUCUUGGUGGAGGUGCCGGUCCAGAUCAGGCGCGCGAGCGACGGGACGAAAGCUUGCAAAUUUCUCAACGUCUCCAGCGUACAGUUGAGGGGAUUGUUUUGUUGUUUAAGCAAGAAAAUGCGAGUUCUCGUUCCUCGGAUGUGGACGAAUCUUCAUCAUUCUCCGCUCUUCAGUCGCUUCCUCAGGUUGCCGGCGUGUAUGAAAGAUUGCUGGGAGAGAGCAGCAGACGCUCCCAAGAUUCGGCUUCUCGUAGCGAGGACUCCAGCGUCGAAGCGGAGGACAGCCUCCCAUCGACCGAGGCCAGGCAGCAAACCAGGCUGAUGGCAAUCGAGGCGCGGAGAUCCACGUGGGCUGCUGUGAGAGACAUUAGACAGGCCAUGGCCAGUGGCGACGCCGAGCCGGCCUCGAAGGUGGUUUGCGAAUACGCACUGAGAAGGAUCAAAGACCAAACGAAAGAUAGGUUCGAUGCUCUUCUAAACCUCCAGCCUCCGCCCUUCCAUGUAGGGUACUCGCGAUCCUUCCCUGUAGUCGCCUCCGAGCUUCGGCGUGCGGCGCUACAGCUGUUUGAGUCCUCGGCUCAUCUAGUCAGAGAGCAGAUGAUGAAGGCAACUGAGAAAGCAGACUUCAAUCAGAGAAGAAAAUGCUUCCGCGCAGUCGAAGAACGGUUUAGGGAGGAGCUUGACAGGGAGAUCACGAGACAGCUUUCGCCGCGCUACUUCCUGCAGCUGAAUGCCUUGCGGGCAGAGAUAACCCGCCAGUUCCGGACCCAGCUUGACCAUGUUCAGAAAGAGCAGCUCAGUGCGCUAGAGGCCUUUCUCAUGCGUCGACAGCAACCAGGUCUACCGCAGAGUGACGAGGGUGAAGAAGAGGAAACGGUUCCUGAACUGCUGAGUUUUCGACGCUUCUCGAGGCUUACUCAAGCUCUCCUAAAGGCUGCCGGGACCGCGUUUCUCACAGAAAUGCGUCGUUUUCAUCGUAGCUGUUCCCCGUAUCUUUUGCUCCAGCUCACAAGGUCCUUCGAGUCGCCUUCUCCCUCGUCGUCAAGCGCUUCGAGGCGUAUUCUGGCGCUGCUUGAGCAGCGCCAGCACCUUCGUUUGCUGGAGAACCUGCGAGAAAUGGCGAGUUCCGUGCUUCAGCAGCAGCAGCUGUUACUCGCGGAAUAUGCGGGCGGGUUGAAAGGCGGUAUCUGGUCCACGAAUCCGGUUGCCAGUUGGGUUUUGGAUGGCCUCGCCGAGACGUCCGAACGCAUGCGAGCGAGUCGUGCAGUACAGGCGGUCAGACACGCCUUAGCAAAGGCAGAAAGCCAAUCCACUGCCGUUCGCACACUGCUGGGGUGGUGGCGAAGAAGAGCGCCCGUGGAAGUGUCUCUUCAAUAUGUCAGUCCCACUGCCUUUGGGCUCAGCAAUUUCCGACGCCGCGUGGGGCUAUCACCCGAGGAGACGGCACUUGCAGGGCGGCGCACGUCGCUCAAAGGAAAAAUUCAGAAGCUCUGGAGCGGAGCCGAGGCCUCGUCGAGAGCCUCUCCAAGUCCCAAACUGGCGCCAACUGUCUCGCCUUUCAUCACUCAUGGUAUACGGUGA